ACUGGACUCUCAGCGGGAUAUAUAAAGGCCUGACAUUGCCGACAGAAACACAUUUCGACACUGAAUGUUAAUCGAUUCCUCAGAAAGUACAAAAACCCUCGGACUGUAGCAAAAUGAAGGUGUUGGUUCUAGCCCUCCUGCUGGUCAGCGUUUGCUGCCUUGAAGGCGCUUUCGUGAAACGCGAAGCGGAAGGGGAAUCUCAGGCGCCGGCUCAAGAAGUGUCACAUUAUCUGGAGACCUUAUCCCAGUUCUUUCCCCAUGAAGUGUUCAGCGAGGAGAAAAUUGGGCAGUUCAAGACCCAGGCCCAGUCGCUGGCUCAGCAGGCCCAAGAAAGCCUGAAGCCUUUGGCCGACCAAAUGCGGGAGAGCUUUAGCCAGUUCUUUGCCGCGCUCGGAGACUCCGUCAAGAAAGCGACGUCGUCGUCAUAACAAACCAUUAGGACCUUCCCGUCGAGAAUGGCUGAGAUGCAGAUUGUGCCUGGUUGCAAUAAAAAGCAGAUUUUUUCCCUCCA